UGGACUGACUUUCUAGCUCCGCCACCACUGACAAAUCUACUCAGUUUCCACAGGACUCCUCGGUUCAAAGGGAUAAACGACGACUGAUUUUCUGCCGCUGGAAGAAACGGGAUUCAACUUCAAACCAACGCGCAGACAUUUUGUUAUUUCUGAGAAUUACAGCGCUUUUUUCCCCUCCUCCUCCUCUCUCUUGACUUGUUCAUCAGUGCAGUCGCAGCUGGUUUUAGGAGAGCGGACUGAAAGCGUUGAAGGGCCACCACAAGGCAAAGGAGGAAACCCGACGCUGUGUGCAUAACGUUGUUAAUUUCCAUGCGUCCAGCUCGUAUCGCUGCCCUUUUUGCAACAGCGAUGAAUCAUUUUGACUGACAGCUUUUGAAGAAUUAGCUAGCUUUAGCCGGCGAGGAACUGAUGCUGGUUUCCUGAUCACAGACACAGUAAAUACGGGGUCGGCACAUGUACAACUGAAUGGUCUUGCAUCAACCAGGCAAGACACCGACUUGUACGUCCGCAAAGUGCAUUACUUAUAUUAUUUAUUUUUUUAAUUAGUGAAUACGGUCGCUAGCUACCGUUAGCUUGUCACCCUGCUAACGCUGGACAGCUCCUGGUUGAGGUUGGGCUAGCUUUGGACAAAGGACCAACGCAAGGAGAAAAUAUAAACACAGGGCGCACACUUAACCGUGUUUGGGAAGGAAAGCAACAAACAAGGAACUGACAUGAUGUUUCCACAAUCAAGACACUCAGCUUCAUCGCAGCAGCUGAAAUUCACAACCUCUGACUCCUGUGACAGGAUCAAGGAUGAGUUCCAGUUCCUCCAAGCACAAUACCACAGUUUGAAGCUCGAGUGUGACAAGUUGGCAAGUGAGAAGUCAGAGAUGCAACGUCAUUAUAUCAUGUACUAUGAGAUGUCCUAUGGGCUCAAUAUUGAGAUGCACAAACAGGCUGAGAUAGUGAAGAGAUUGAACGGGAUCUGUGCACAAGUCCUCCCCUACCUGUCUCAGGAGCACCAGCAGCAGGUCCUGGCAGCCAUAGAGAGGGCCAAGCAGGUCACCCCCCCAGAGAUGAACUCCAUCAUAAGGCAGCAGCUCCAGGCUCACCAGCUGUCUCAGCUCCAGGGUUUGGCCCUGCCCAUGACCCCCCUGCCGCUGGGCCUGAGCCAGCCAACCCUCCCCGCCGUCACCACCUCCUCCGGCCUCUUCUCCCUCUCCUCCCUGCUGGCCUCCCAAGCCCAGCUGGCCAAGGAGGAGAAAGCAUCGCGUGACGGAGUUGACAGCCACCGCGAGGAGGACGGAGACAAGUCUGAUUAGAUGUUCUCCCAAUUCAGCUCUGUUUUUGUCCAGAGACCUGAAACCCCAGAUCUGAACCCCUUUGCCUACAGCCUCUCCCCUGGUCUCCCUCUCUUAGCUAACAUGGGCUUCAGCCCUAUCACCACAGCUUCAGCUACAGACCCUUACUAACUCCCAUACUGUACCAGCGUACCUGAAGCCCUGUAUGCCCAGCCUCUUAUUUGGAGGGCUUUAGCACCUGCCCCUCAAGUCCCCUCAUGUCAGACUAGUCCUGAUUUCAUCAUAUGUACCACAUUUCUUUACCUUCUCCUCUCUUUAUCACCAUCAGAGUGUCUGUUUCUUAUAUAUCGUGUCUUUUCUUCAAAUACUUUUUUUUUGUAUGACUUUUUUUUUUUAUCAAGACUACUUUCUAUUUCUGUUCCUUCCUGCCUUCCUGGCACUCUGUUCUUAUUUCUGUUUAGUUUCUGUUUUUUUCCUCCCUGCCUCUCUUCCUUCCACUCUCCCCCAACUCCUGCCUCUGUUCUGAGUAGCUCCUUGUUAAGCAGGACUGAUCUGUGAGACUGAACGCACCGUACCAUAGGUGUUAAAACAGACUAAAUAUUAAACACAGGGAUUCUUUGACAAGCUAUAUAUCUUGUCAGACACAAUACGGGAUUCCUGCAAACUUCUUUUUCCUAAGAAAAUGGUCUCACAGAGAUCAGAAGUGUUGAUAUUUUUUGGCAGUUCAGAUUGCAUGCAUCCAUUCCAAGCUUCAAAUUGGCUGUGAGUUCAGAUGAUGGUUUCUUAUGAUCUGAGUUUUUUUUUUAAAUAAUGCCCUCCAAAAGAGAGCAACAUCCCUAUUGCAUUGCUAUGUAAAGCUACACUUACAUCCUAACCAAAAUCUGCUGCUUUUAGCUGCUUUAAGCUCCCGAAAAAAGAAAAUCGUUGUAAUGAGAAGACCUCUCGAGUCAACAAACAAGAGAUUUUGUGUAUAAUCCUAAAUUCAUACGGAGAAAGGAAAAGGACCUUCCUAAAGCAAACUUCAUGCUGAGAGCUGUCAGACUAGAUAACAAACCCACCUUAGUAAGUAAUCCCCCCUCUACUUGCGAUCCUUACCUGACCCUGCAAGGUACAUUAGAUAAAUCCACCCAGCACCUUAACUGAAAGGCAACAUUUUCAUCAGUAGUUUCACAGACCUGAGGCGGCACAGUGUGCAGCAAAAAGAACAGAGAUGCCACUUGACUCCUCCACCCUCCCACCACCCUUUUCAUGUUUAAUGUGCACUAAUAUUAGAGCAGACACAGAGGGAAAAGAGUGUGCAUGUUGUGUGUUUGACAGUAGAGGGCAGCAUGUGUCUUUGAAGAAUCCUUCUGGCCGGGUUCAGGCCCAAGCAAAACAAGGACAGGACAGUGACAGAGUACAGGCUGUGUCACAAGGGGGAAUGGCUUAUUUAUCCACUCUGUGUGUACAAACUUAAUAUACAGAGACUAGACUUGGGACAUUAAUCUCUGCAUGCGGUCAGUCUGAGUCUCGGUUAUUUGUCAUGAUCCAGCUCUUGAGAAAUAGUCUUUGGUCUGUUAAAGGAACAUCUCUGCUUGACACAGAAACAUAACUGGACCUGGUUUUGAUUUGAUUUAAAUACUGUACGUUACUGUGUAUUUCAGUUAAUUCACAUCUGUCACAUACCAGACUGACACUACACUAUAUUGUACAGGUGACGCCUACAGGCAACACUGAGUGGGAAAUAUCUAUGACCUCAUAAAAUGAUAUCAGUGUAGAUCACUCUGACAAAGCACAAGCAGCCUCCACAGCUGUUUCGAUGAAUGAAAAAAUCCCACUCAUACCCACACAGGUGUUUUCAAUUUCUGUGUCUGAUUAGACCUCUAGUCAGGCGGAUAGUAGGUGGCGCUACGCUGGGAAUCAUGUAAUGUCAUCAAACUCCUGGCUGUGUCCGAAAUAACUCAGGGCACUUCAUUUCUUCUUCCUCAUUUCCGAUAAAUCAGUUUGAGCCAAUCAAAAGAAAAUUCAUUAGCAACAGUUUUGAUUAUAAAUGAAUGAUUUGUCAUUUUUAAAACAACAAUGCCCCCAAAUUUACGGGUUCCAGCCUCUCAGAUGUGCUGAUUGUCUUGGUCUUCUCUGAUAUCUUUGUUGUGAAAAAGGUCUCACCACAUGGUCCAUUUUUGUAGCUUUCGAUCGUAGCAUGCUGUCUUUGUCAGCAGUAAAUAUCUCUGGGUUUUUUGGGCAUUAUUUACUUUUUUAUGACUUUUAUGGACCAAGGAAAUAAUGGACAGAAGAACUGAAGAUGAUAAUGCAGCUUUAAUCCCACCAUACAAUGUGUCACAUUUGAUAGAUGUGAAAAUUACAGCCUGUAAACGUACCUCAAGGGCUCCUGAAAUUUUUAGUGGGCACUAUCGAGCCCCCUUUCCACACCGUAAGCCCGAGACCCAUUUCAGAAAACAAUAUACAACUCUUCAGAUGCGUGUGCCAAAGUUUUGAGUUUUCAAGCAUCUCUAGCCCCUCAUUGCCAGCAAAUAAUACAUUGCCAUGGCAACAGCAUUUGAUGAAAUCUCAAAAGCGUCACCAUUUAGCAUCAUCAAGGUCUUUCCAUUUGGCUCACCAAAUUUUAGCAGGAUUUGGUGAACCUGCUAGGAGUAGUUUUUAAAAGUAUAGGCCCUAUAGCUUCCUGUUGCCAGCAAGUGGCACUAUGACUAAGUAUUGACCUUUACAUGCCUUCAGACAUGUACAGCACAUGUUGAAAGCUCAAAAGCUUUCGUAAUGUAGCAUUGCAAACGUCGUUAGAUGACAACUACCAAAUUUGAAGUUACUCUGGUUAAUUGUCGAGAAGGUUCGUUCAUCCACAUUAAAUUUAAAGUUGGGGGCUUUGCCUUUGAAAAUUGUUAGGGGGUUCAAGCCAGUUUGCCACACCAAAACUCAAGACCCAUAUCAGAUAUCAAUUUUCACAUCUUCUGCGCCCCAACAUCUCAAUAGUGUGUUUUAAUUGGAAAAAUAAAAAUCAUAAUAAUUAUUAUUUUAAAUACAACAGGGCCUUCGCACUAUUCAGCAUUCGUUGCUUGACCCUGAACAAAACCAACAGAGGAGUGAGGGAGAUGUCAGUUAAGAGCAGUUUGUACACACCCACACAGGUCUAAUCAGACAACACAAAUUAAAGUACCCAGGUGGGUGGACUAUGGAUACGAAGAGGCUUCAGCAUGGCCUCAUUAAGCUUUCUGAAAGCUGAGAUGAAGUUCCACACAUGUAACUCACUGAAGACUUCAAUACACAUUCUCAACCAAAACGAAUCUUAUUUCCAGCAGAGAUAGGAAGCCCUUUACCUGACCGCUGUUGGACCACACAGACCACAAAGAGGUUAAGUAUUAUUUGACUGUUGGUCUAAAUGGCGGCUUGCGUUUGUCUGAUUGUUAAUUUGAAAACAGCUUGUUCAUGAAAGUUUAUACAAACACCCCCACCAACACACACACACACACACACACACACACACACACACACACUCUCUUUCUUAGCCUCCUCUCUCUCUCUGUUUUAAUGGAUACAUUGUGAGUGAAUACAUAUAAAGACUUUCAUUCUAAAUGAAUCAAUCCUUUUAACGCUUCUCAAAAUGAUACUAAAGUACAUUUUAGUUUUGAAGUCAUUUGCUUAAAAACAGCAGUUGGAUGAUUGAAAAAUCAAAAUUGACAACAGAAAUUUAAGAGACAAAAAAUACACAAAUUGCAUAUUACGGUGCUCAACCCUUCAUGUGUCAAAUAGUUAAGAUGACUAUUGAUGACAUUGUUUGGGUGACUCCGUCAAUGAUGCCCAUUGUUGUGUAUGUAUGUGAAUACAUCAACAAGGUGUGUAUAAACAGUUGUACAGGUUAGAUGGUCGAUGAUGAUAAACCACAGAGAUGAAAUGUGUCACUGUUCCAACUAAAGCUAAUAUGCUAUUCUGCUUGUGAAUUUAGGUCACAGCACAUCAUCCUCCCAUUCAGCCACAUACUGUAUGUAUCUAGCUACAUACUGUACUGUGUAGUGAUAUUCAGAGCGCAUAUACAAAGUGAGACACAAACACAUCAGUGCAUGUUUGUGGGGGAACCAAGAUUAAUUUUUUUCAAGUAGCAACUUUUUUUGUAAAGAAUGUUUGGUCCAAACUUUCUGUGAUCAAUGCACUUGUUUUUUUUUUCUCUCUAUUCUUUGUUUUUAAAAUAUUAAUCAAUAUGAACUAGAGAACGAGAGUUGCAAAGCUGACGUUAUAAACCUACAAAUGAAAUUCUAUGUAUUUGUUAAAGUAGUUGGAGGCGCUCACCUCUGUAUACAGUUAUACAUAGAAAGCUUUAUGUGUAUAUGGCUGCAUCUUCUCUUGUCUGUCCUGGAUGAUUCUUGUGCUAUUGUGUUACAAAACUGAUGUGACACCAGGGGGGAAACUGCAGUACGUUAACCUUUUGCCCUUUGACCCCUUCCCUCUUCUCUGACCCCUCACCCCCAUUCCCCUUACUCCCACUCCAAGUCCCACUUCCCCAACUUUUUGCCCCCAUAGCGUGAAGCAUUGUAAGCGUUUUGAGCUUUGUAAAGGUCUUUUUUUAAAUACUUAUUUUGUGUAUAAUGUAAAACCUGAAAGUGUGUACUUUGGCAAAAAAAAAAGUUUUGUGUCUGAAAUCAUAGCUUCAUUUAAACAAAAAAAACCUAUAAAAAGUACAACAGACAUUUACUAUAAAUAAUAUGAAAUGUUCUGCAGUAAGGAAGGACUUCUGGUGCCUUACAAAUAAAGUCAA